CUGCCAGUAAUGCCUGGUUCGAUAUUCCUGCUUCCGGGGUUUGGCAGCUGACCGCUGGCUGGCUGACUGAUUGAACACUGAACUCGGCUGUGCUUACAUUUAUUGGAAGUAAUGAGUGGAGAUUCUAACCCUGCAGCCACACCCACCCCCUGUCAGGACACACAGGGAGAUGGCCGAUGGAUGUCACUGCACAAUCGAUUUGUAUCGGACAGUAAAGGAAAAGAGCCUGAUGUUCUGUUUAUUGGAGAUUCACUUAUUCAGCUUCUGCAUGAGUUUGAGGUUUGGCGAAAACUGUUUUCUCCUCUCCAUGCACUGAACUUCGGGAUUGGUGGAGAUGCUACACAGCAUGUACUCUGGAGACUCAUCAAUGGAGAACUGGACCACAUCAGCCCAAAGGUGGUGGUGUUGUGGGUGGGCACUAAUAAUCAUGGUCACACUCCAGAGCAGAUUCUUGGAGGCAUCAUGGCCAUCGUCAACGUGAUCCAUGAGAAGCUUCCUCAUGCUCACACUCUUGUGUUGGGAUUGCUGCCAAGAGGUAAAAGUCCAAACCCUCUUCGGGAGCGUAACACGAGUGUGAAUGCUCAAGUUCAGGCUGAGGUAGCGUCUCUGUCUCAUGUCUCUUUUCUGGACAUGGACCCUGGGUUUAUUCAGUCCGAUGGUUCCAUCGCACAUCAGGACAUGUAUGAUUAUCUGCAUCUCACGCCGCAGGCCUACCAGAGGGUGUGCCAGCCCUUGCAUGAAUGCAUCAAAUCCCUUUUAGAUAAGCAAACUCCAUGAACGCAAACACAAAAUAUAGCAUAAACACCCUUUCCUGUGAAAUAACGGAUGUCUCAUCAUUUAUGCUCUACAAUUAGAGCCUUGUUGAGAUAUAAACACCCCGAGGAAAACUCAUGACUGUUUAAUAGACACACGUAUAUGUCAUACACAUCAACACGUGCUUCCCGUCAGUAUGCAUUACAGCUUCCUUGUUACUACAAAAAUAGAUUUUGUUUAAGAGACUUCAGAAAGGGAUAGUUCAUCCAAAAAUGCAAACUGUCAUGCCAUUCCUCAGGUAGUUCCAAACAUCAUAUGACUAGCAUAAAUAUAUAGAGCAAUAUAUUUAUAGAAAUACAUUUCUAUAAAUAUAUUGCUAUUACAGGCCCCCUGUGUUGUGUUUUGUUUAGACUUGAAGGUAUAAUGACAGAGCUUUCAUUUUGGGCUCAACUAUCCCUUUAAAUGUCGUCAGAUUUAUUAUCUUUACGCAAAAUGUUUAGUGCGCUACAAAGUCUGCAUAUAUGAACAAGCCUGUUAUUUUGCAGUGUAAUGGUGAUGAGUAGAGGUUGUUGACGUGUACAUAAGGGCUGCGUGCUGCUAUCAUGGUUUGAUUGACCAAGACUUCCUUUUGAUCCUUGUGUUGGAAACAGCAGACUUCUCGAAAGCAGGCUCUUCAUAUGUUGGAAACUGCUUGUUUGUUUGUUGAAAGGAACGAUAUGGGUUAAUUUGGUUUUGUUCUCUGUCAAUGCCCGUAUUAGUCUCUUUUCUAAGAAAAAAGGGUAGGUGCCUCACACAAUGUUACGUAGCUUUAAAAUGAUUACAAAAGAUGUAUUGUUUUGGAUACUUUCUUUGCAGGAAUUCUUUGUGAUAAACAUUGAAUUAGUCUUUCAGUUAUUUUUGUACAGUGUUUUUCUUUUUUUUUCUGAUUCUUUCCUUCACCUCCAGGUAACUAAAAAAGUAAAUGUUCUUUAGGCACCAGAGGUAUCUGACUGAAAGAUUUACAUUUUGGAUAAAAUCCAACCUUGUAACUAAAGACAAGGAGUGGGAGUGGGUGUGGGUGUGGGUGGUCCUCGCAUGGCUCAGUAUAUAAUAAGCAGAGAAUGGAAAAGACACUGACCACUUUCUUUAUUUUAACCAAUCAACCCACCGUCACUUUCAAAUACUGAGGAAUAUGGUUAAAUGUUAAGGUGUAUGAUUGUUCUGCUGCUUUGUCCUGGUGUUUGUGUUCGUACUGUCUUGUCUUGAUGGGCUUUUGUGAACAUUAUCAUCUUCUAGUGAUUCCAGGAAUUGUGACUCUGUGUUGAGAUUCCAGUCUGAGGGUUAGAUAUGUCUGGUGCUGCGAUAAACAGUUAUCAUGUAAAAAUGAUGGAAUAAAACCUGGGAAACCUUCCAAA